AUGGAUUAUCGUCCUUUUGAGAUCAAUUUGACAUGUUUGGAAGGCCUGGAAAUCGUGCAUUGUUUGUUCAAAGUGCAUGCAUACGCUGUGGUCUCCAUCGUAGGCGAUUCGAGUUCAAGGCAACAAACUCCGGUGGGAAAAUAUUUUGGUGACAAACCCACGUGGAAUUUUCCGAUGAGGUUUUGCUUGGAAGAAUCAAAGUUGCGCCAAAACCAAUUGGUUCUGAUGGUCCAACUCCGAUACAGUCGAAUCUUUGGAGGGGAUAAAACCAUUGCUGAAGUUCAUAUUCCUUUUAAGAAGCUUCUUGACAACUGCGGUGAUAAUAUAUGGGACACUCAGUUUGGUGUCCAUCAGGUCAUCAUGACGCCGUCCAUCAAGCCACCUAGAGGGUAUUUGUAUUUCUCGUAUAAGUUUGGCGAGAAGAUCGUUAAUUGGGAUGGCAGUGAAGGAUUUUGA